CUGGCGGUGGCGGGGAGAGGAACACAGAGAGAGAGAGAGGGUGAAAAUGGGUGGGCUCGACUCUUACCUGUAAUUAAGAGGUGAGCUGUGAAGUUUACCUGCCACAGACGAGACCAGGUGUGCGUGUGUGUAUGCGUGUGUCCGUGUCCGUGGGUGUGUCUACACGCACGCACGCACUCACGCAAUGUUGGUGGAUAAUGUAAAGUAAAUAUUGCUACUACUACUACUACAACUGCUACUGCUACUACUACUGCUACUACUGCUACUGCUGCUACUGCUACAUGAAUUCAGGAUGAGGAGCGACACAGCAGAAGGAAGGAAGAGAGAGAGAAAGGAAGGAGGAGGGAAGAGAGAGAGAAAGGAGGGAGGAGGGAAGAGAGUUCUCCCUCCACUCCUCCUAUUCCCUCCCUCUCCUCCUUCCCUCCGCCGGGCCCCCCUCCCCCUCUCCUUCCUCCUCGGCCCCCUCCUCCUCUUCCUCCUCCUCCUCUUCUCCCUACCAGAAGGCUGCCAAGGAAUAGACUGUUUUAAGUGCGUAUCAGUGAACGGUGACAAUCCAGGCUGCGAGGAUCCUUUCCACAAUAAUUUCUCCGCCACAAUGCUGGAGAGCCCGUGCAUGGCUGGACGCAAGGGUCGAGAGGGCCUGUUUCCCGCCACAGCCUGCAUCAAGCUAGCGGGCGUGUAUGAUGCCUCGGGUGAACGUAUUGUGAUCCGCUCGUGUGCGUUGGACAGCGGCACACUCACCACGGACACAGAAAUCAUUCGCAUGUCUCACUGUGGCGGGAUCGUCUUCAAUGACAAGUACGUGAAGGGGUGUCUGCAAAGCUGCGACGACUAUGAGGUUGCAACUCUGCGCCUCCGUCAGGAAACCCACACAAUCAGAUCGUCAUAGCAGCUCUUCUCAGCCUCCUCCUCGUCCAGCGAUGGUCUUAGCACACCCUCCUCCUCCUCCUCCUCCUCCUCCUCCUCCUCCUCCUCCUCCUUCUGCAGCGUCCACUCCCGUCGUCAGCUUUCCCAAGGGCGUGGAGUGGUUUUGGAGUGGAAGAAUGCUGGUUUGGGUGAGUGAGUGAGGGAGUUGGCUGGCUGACUGGCUGGCUGGCUGGCUGACUGGCUGGCUGGCUGGCUGGCUGACUGGCUGACUGACUGACUGACUGACUGACUGACUGGCUGACUGGCUGGCUGGCUGACUGGUUGGCUGGCUGGCUGGUUGGUUGGCUGACUGACUGACUGGCUUUCUGGCUGUCUGGCUGGCUGACUGGCUGGCUG